CUGAAAACGCAACAAAGUACACAUUUUUUCUUCUCACUGGCGUCUUUUUAACUUGCCCUCGUUUGAACAUCCAAUGUUCCAUUGUUCUUUCGACGUCCUUAUUGCAUAUCACCUCGAUUUCACCAGUUGACUCUCGAUCACUCUCUUAAGCUAACACUUUACCCACUUGAUUAAUUAAAUCCCAUAUCGCCCUACGACACUUGUUUAUGGCCAUUGAAACUGUCUCGGUUGUCUGUGCCGUUCUGGGCGGAUUCAUCUUGCUAUACGGAUUAUGCUCCCUCAUUAUCAAAGAGAAACUAUAUAUUUCAGAAGCUUCGGUCGCAAUUGCUUGCGGCAUCAUUUUUGGACCUCUUUGCGCCAAUUUCAUUAAUAUCGAUGACUGGGGUGGAAAUAAGGAAGAUCUCACGCGCGAAUUCUCGCGAAUCGUGAUUGCCAUCCAGGUCAUGGCAGCCGGUGUGGCGCUUCCAAAAGCCUAUCUGCGAAAAGAACUCUUGUCAUUGACCAUGCUUUUGAUUCCGGUCAUGAUUUGGAUGUGGUUGAUCAGUGGACUUUGCGUAUGGGCCAUGAUCCCAGGGUUAAAUUAUUUGGAAGCCUUGAUGAUAGCCUCCUGUUUCACUCCUACUGAUCCUAUUUUAGCGAAUUCAAUAGUCCAGGGCAAAUUUGCAGAGAAACGUGUGCCGCCUCAUGUUCGUAAUAUUAUUUCCGCGGAAAGUGGUGCCAACGAUGGGUUGGGUUACCCAUUCUUAUUCCUUGCCAUCUAUCUCAUCCAAAUGCCUACGGGAACCGCCAUUGGCAAAUGGGCUUACGGGAUUUGCGCUUUUCAAAUCUUGCUUUCAAUUGUCAUUGGCUUUGUCGUGGGUUACGCUGCGAGAAAACUGCUUAAAUACUCGGAAACCCACAAACUCAUAGAUAAAGAAUCCUUCCUGGUAUUCUCGGUGGCGCUAGCAUUGUUUCUAAUGGGCGUGGUCUCCAUUAUCGGAAGCGAUGAUUUGCUGGCUUGCUUUAUUGCGGGAAAUUCGUUCACUUGGGAUGACUGGUUCCGUCAAGAGACAGAAGAUGCCCAUCUUAUGAAUGUGGUGGAUAUGCUUCUCAACCUAAGUAUUUUCGUCUACAUCGGCGCCACUAUGCCUUGGUCUGCCUUUGGAAAUGCCGAUCUUCGACUUAGUGUGUGGCGAUUGGUCGUUUUGGCUAUCAUGGUACUUCUGUUCCGACGAUUACCCAUCAUUGCCGCCCUUUACAAAUGGAUUCCUGCCAUUCAAAACUGGCGCGAGGCUUUAUUCACUGGCUGGUUCGGUCCUAUCGGUGUGGGGGCCAUUUUUUACUACACUGUGGCCAUCCAGAACUUCUCACCUACGGGCCCGAAUGCCCACGCUCGCGAAGUGGUGGAACCGAUCAUUUAUUUCAUGGUACUAGCUUCUGUCAUUGUUCACGGAAUUACUAUUCCUCUAUUUCACAUGGGAACUUUCGCCGGCCGUACCCUAACUCGUACAAGUGUCACAUCGACGAAUACGCAUGUAUUCUCUAAAUUUGGUGGAGAGAUCUUCAAGAAGAAAACCGUCACUUCCACGGAAGGUCCCGGCUAUCGCGAGACCACGCAAACAGUAGAACAGGAUCUCGGUGAUGCGCCAGUAAUGUCGGGGCCAUCUCAGCCGCCUCGACAAACGGCUAUCACUAUUGUUACGCCAGAUAAUGUUCCUCAUCGUUCUGGAGGACCGGGUCAAGAACGAUACCAGCAUGAAGAAUUUGAAGAAGAUACUGACCCGGAGGAUAGUACUUUAUAUUUGCCCAUGAAUCAUCCAGUGGAAAAAACGGUGAAUUAAUCUGCAUGUGUUUUUCCUUUGAAUGAUUAUUCCCAACUGGUUUGCAUAAUUACCCCGCAUCAUCUUAUUUUCUUGGCAUGAUUACAUAAACUAUAGAAUCAUUGUAUGACGCUCAAAAGAGCCCCCUUUGAACUCUUUUUAAAUAAAAAGAGAAGCCGUGAGAUAUAUUACAGAGAAU